AAUGAACUAAUAGAUUACUUAAGUUUCUGAUUUUUCAUUUGACCCAGAGGUAAUUAUAAAAUAAGUAUAUUAGUUUGAAAUAUAUACUGAUUAUUAUCAAAAUAAAAUAGCCCAAGUAACAAAUUAGGGAACAGUUCGGAUAUUUGAAUUGAUAAAUAAAAAAGAUAAGUAAAUGAAGAGGUUAGCCUCAGAAUUCUAAGCGUAUGAUUUUAUUAAUGAAGUCAUAAGGGAUAAAUAAAUUCAAUGUCAUGGUUAAGUCCAAAAUAUGAAAAUUUGAUUGCUACAUGUGGUUAAGAUAAUUAAAUAAAAAUUUGGAAGGAAUAAGCAAAUUAAUGGAAGGUUGAAAAAUAAAUAUCAUUAAAUAAUACAUAAGCUAAUAUAAUUCAAUGGGCAGAAAAUAAGUAUAUUUUAGCAGUAGGAUAUAAUAAUGGAUAUUUAGAAGUAUUUGAAGGUUCAGAAUAUUAAGUUACUAAUACUAAUGCUUAUAAUUAAACAUUAUUGUGUUUAGAUUGGUUAAAGAGUGAUUAAGAAUAAAUUAUAGCAACUGGAGGAAUAAGUGACAAUUAAUCAAUUGUUAAAUUAUGGAAUGUAUUUUCUGAUUAAUAAACAAUUAUUGAUCAAGUUUAUGAAUACAAUUGUGGUGAUAAAAUAAGACAUGUAAAAUUUGCACCUCAAAUAUUUAAUUAAGAACUUUAAUUAGCAAUAAGUUAUGGAAAUUAUGUAGAAAUUUUAACUUUGUAAUACAAUAUUGAAUUAAUUAAACCAAUUGAAUUAUAAAAGAAAUAAUAAAUAUAAUUUAAUGUAAAUAUUUUAUUAAAUUUAGAAUGUUUGUUAAAAAAUAAGUUGGUCACUUUUAGGAAAUGAACUCAUAGUUUAUGUUGAUAAUUAAAUGCAUUAAUUUUACUAAAGUGAAGAAAAUUAAUAUAUAAAAUAAAUAUGA